AUGUUGACCCCCCUCGUAGUCCGGGCUGCCCGCAGUGGUUCGCGGGCCACAGCCCCUGUUCGUACAUUUGCACGCAGCUUCACAAAUGCAAGUGGUGCGCGUCGUGCAUCAACGCAGGCGCGCAAAGCUGUAGCCAUGGCGUCCGCUGGCGUGGCAGCUGCUGCGUUGAUGUGGACCAUGCAGAGCGCCUCUGUCUAUCAGCCAGCAGAGUGCGAUACAGCUUCCUCCCAGAACAAAAUGACAACACUGUCGACGAAACCAGAUAUUUCGACCCUGGAUCCAUCGAUUUUGGACGAUGCCAAUGUGCCCAUGCGGAAGCGCAUGGAGACCUACGUCAAGCUGCUGCAGCGCCGCCUUGUAGAUGACCUGGAGGCGGAAGAGAACAGUCAUCGUGAUGCAACGAAGCCGAAGCAAUUUAUCGUGGAAUCAUGGAAGCGCAAGGAAGGCGGUGAGGGUGUUUCCUGCGUGUUACAAGACGGUUUGACGUUUGAAAAGGCCGGCGCCAAUGUGAGUGUUGUGUACGGCAACUUGCCGCCUAGCGCGAUCCGCCAGAUGUCGGCUGACCACAGCGGUCUAUUGGACCGCGUUGGCUACAAAGUGGAAGGCCCUGACGCUGAAGUAGAUGGUCUUCCCUUCUUCGCAACGGGUCUCAGUGUUGUGAUCCACCCCAAGAACCCUCUGGGUCCUACCUCACAUUUCAACUACCGCUACUUUGAGCUGAUGCAUCCGAAGACGCUGAAGGACGGAUCUCCGAACCCACGAUACAACGAAAAUGAGCCUGUGGCUUGGUGGUUCGGCGGUGGUGCUGACCUAACGCCAAUGUACCUCUUCCCAGAGGAUGCCAAGCAUUUCCACAUUACGCACAAGGCUGCUGCAGACUCUCAGGACGAAUCUUUCUACCCUGCAUGGAAGAAGUGGUGUGACCGUUACUUCUGGGUGACGCACCGUGGUGAGAACCGUGGUAUUGGUGGUGUAUUCUUUGAUGACUUGUCGCUCCCAUCGUGGGCAACCAGCAAGGCAUCGUUCAUCCCGCUGAUGGAUGGCGGUAAGUCGUCUGACGCCGUCCUGGUAUCGGCAAAGCAGCACAGUAAAGAGACCCUUUUCCGUGCUGUGCGUGCGCUUGGUGACGCAUUCAUUCCAGCGUACUUGCCAUUGGUGAACAAGCACAAGUACGACUCGUUCACGCCGGACAAUGUGGAGUGGCAGCAGCUCCGCCGUGGUCGCUACGCAGAAUUCAACUUAGUAUAUGACCGUGGCACAAAGUUCGGUCUGAUGACGCCUGGUGCGCGUAUUGAGAGCAUUUUGAUGAGUCUCCCGCUGUAUGCACGCUGGGAAUACAUGGAUGGCAUCACAGGUACCGGCCGUGAGUACUCGGCUGCAGCGCAUAUGCUUGACAAGGAGAAGCGUACGAAGAUUUCGGAAGAAGAAGCUAAGGCGCGAGAAAUCAUGCAAGAUGCCCUGGAGCAUCCCAAGAACUGGGUAUAA